UACACAGGACCAAAUAUUUUCUUCCAGUUGUGGAUUUGUUAUUGAACAAAAGAAAACUUGACUGAUUUUUCAACUGACAGGAAGCAAGAAUGAAAUCUAAGGUAAAUAAUCUCACAGAAGAAGACUGAUUUCCAUCUUCCAGUGAAGCAGGCAAUCAGUAACACAGCUCUUACAUGCUUUUACAUGUUACAACUUUUAAGUGACUCACAAACAGCAGAUCAUUUUCCUCUCUUUUGUCCCCAGCUGCUCAGCCUGCCUUAAACAGCUACUGCUUUGAAUGCAGCUCCCUCUCCUUUCCACACAUGCUGCCAAAGACCUCAGCUGAGAAAAAAAAUUGCAGAAAAUCAUCUUCCUCUCAUCAGUGAUUCAUAUGCUCAUGAAUUUACACCUUGCUCAGCUGCCUAUCCCAGAUCCCACUCUGUUCUUUGCAUUUUAGUCAAAUGCCUCAAUCAAAUGCCCUUUAAGCUCCUGUGUGGCUCUGUGCCAAAGAUAAAAAUGUAUUUCCUCUAUCCAACACCAAAGCUUGCCUCAAGUUUUUCUUUUCUCCUUGUUAAUGUGUUGCUAUCUUCCAUUUGUUGGGCUCUUAUCACUUAGGGCUGGUCUCAUAAAAGCUCCCUCUGGUUCAUACCAAAGCUUUUCUCUCUCAUUUCCUAAAUAUAAUAUGUUUGUGUAACCUCCUCCUAAUUCUCCCUUAUACUUUACAGGAAAUUAUCUGGACUCCCAGAUUUACAAUCUAGCCUCUACCACUGCCUUCUCCAUGUAGGGUAACUAAAAUUAACUAGCAAGAAACAGAAUCCUACCACAGCCAUUUGAGAGUUGUCAAGCAGGACAGAACAUAAGGCUGAAGCCUAAAAAAAGGACAACUCUGAACUCUCAUUUCUUCACCAUAAAAUUUGCUCAUAAGGAAGACACUCUUGUUUCUUCACAGCUUAGUGGCCUCAUUUUAAACUUCUGCAGCUAAUGCUAUUCCAGUUUUUUCUGGUUGCACAUUUUUUUGAGAGUUGUUUCCAGUUCUUUUCCAAUGGAGGUUUGUGAUUGUACAGCACUUAGAAAUCCUGAAUAUGAGGAGCCCAGAGCACUGUAAAAUAUUUUGACAGCUUGUUCUUGAAAUCAAAACAUUUCACCUGAAGGGCAUAGUUUGCUUGGGUAGAAAAUAACAGCUCAUUUUCUUAUGCAAAACAACUCUGCAGCAUACUGAAGGCACACAGAGUUAUUCACAUGGAAAAAUAUCAAUUAUUUUGUGAGUUGCCCAUGCUGUGCAGGGCUGUGGAAAGGUGGGCAUUUACAUAGUGCUGUGAUUAAGGUCUAUUUGCAUCCCCGUGGGACAGGCAUUUCCAUGUUCUCAGGAUGCCAGCAGUGCUUGGAUCAAGUUGGCUUCUCCCAACAUAAGGGAUGCACCCAAGUCCCCGUGGGCUUCGACUGCUUGGGGCAGCAGAACAUUAAUUUUUUUUUUUUUUUUCUGCUGAGGUUACUUUGUACAAGCCAGCAAUACCCAAGCAAAUCUCUGCAUGGAAUGGAAUGGAAUUAACAAAGGCCAAGUGCUGAGGAGCAUUAACACACUGACCUGCUGGGAGACACCAGCACAUCCAUUGGAGAGUGAGCUUUUCUCACUUUGUGCUCAGGUUACCUCUCUGUAUUCAGAGGGCAAUCAUAGCUCCUCUCUGCUUUCAUCUUAGAGACAAACUGGUCUUUCAUUCUUCUCCUGCACGACAGUUCAAUUCUCCUGCUCGUCCCAGUAAUGCACCUCUCCAUAUCUGUUUCUAUCUGACUUCAUCUUCCUGGAGCACAAUUGACCAGAUUCACUGGUUUUUUGUCCCGUGUGAAGUUCAUCAAAUAGAUUGGCCCAAAACUUAUUUUACAGAUCUACAAAAGCUUGAAGAUCAGUCAGAAAAAGAAACUCUGCCUUCCCUGAGACAGUCAGACAGACAAACAGUGGAACAAAAAAUGCCAGUGAAGUCAAAUGCUGGGGAAAGCAUGGCCUGGUCUGAGUCUGUGGAUACAGUACUAUCCAAUAAAGAGGGCCUGGCAGCUUUUCGGACAUUUUUGAAAUCCGAGUUCAGUGAGGAGAAUGUGGAGUUCUGGCUGGCCUGCGAGGACUUCAAGAAAACAAAAUCCCCCACCAAGAUUGCCUUGAAAGCCCAGAAGAUUUAUUCUGACUUUAUACAAGCUGAUGCUCCCAAGGAGAUUAAUAUCGACUUCCAUACCAAAAAUGACAUCUCCCAGAACAUCUCUGAGCCCACCCUCAGCUGCUUUGAUGCUGCUCAGAGCUCAGUCUACUGUCUCAUGGCAAAGGACUCUUUUCCCAGAUUUCUGAGGUCAGAAGUGUACAAGGAACUGGUGAAGAAGCACCAGGACAGAAAUCAGAAGAGAUGGCUCCCGUUUCUGUGAGGAAAAACACUGAGGCUUCAGGAAUUGAUAAUGCCUCCCACUGCAAUUCUGCACAGAUAAUAUUCAUUAUUAAAGUGAUUGCAGAAGCCACUUUCAAGAAUCACCUGUGCCAGCUUGUUUUUAAGUACAAAUUGCACGUGAUGCUUUCUAAUAACAGUAGAGAAAUAUUCAAGAAGCAGGAUGGAAUACGCUAGACACUUGAGCUACCUUCCUAAUAAAAAAGUUUGCCAUUGUUGGUUUUUUUUCCAGUGUUUGUUUCAUUUUUCAAAGAGAUAUGAGAUUUUAAAGCAUAAUGUUUUGGUUUUCUUGUUUGCUGUUGAUGCCUCUUUAGAAGUAUAGCCUCCAAAAUAAAUCCCUUUCAGGAGA